AUGUCGGGAAGUUGUGGUAGCACUUUUGAUUUUUUAUUUGAACGCGUGCUUUAGCCUCGUAUUAUUAAAUCGAACGUUUUUGGUUUUUUAUUUUAUUCUCUGUCAGCAUUUCUGUGUGUUUGACUUGUUUGGUUGAAGUUGAAUGCCUUGGCGUAAAAAAAUUUACCAUAUUAUUUACGCAUAAAGUUCGAUAAACUUUAAAAAUAUUUAAAAUAGAAGUGAUCUCGAGAAGAAUAUUUUAUUUCAGUUAAUAUUUUUACAGUGUAGACUAAAUAAAGUGCAUUUGCUAAUGUGAUUUUAUUGAAAUGUCAUCGUAUAUGGCAGGUGUUUUCGAUUUAGAUUUAGAUGUGGAUACUGUUACAGUCGGAGAUUCGGAUGAAGACGACAUCAUAGAAAUAGACGAGGUUGAUUAUGAUCCAGAACUUCAUGUCAAUAGUAUUGUAGAUGCUGAAGGCUCUGAGACCAUACUGCUUUCUGAAGAUAACGUAAACCCUGGCCAGUGCAAAAGGCUUGGCCCUCAAGAUUUUGAAUUGAGAAAGGUCUUAGGAAAAGGUGGAUAUGGCAAAGUGUUCCAAGUCCGUAAGAUCACAGGCCAAGAUGCAGGCCAGCAUUUUGCGAUGAAGGUCCUAAAAAAAGCUUCCAUUGUUCGCAAUCAAAAGGACACUGCUCAUACAAAAGCUGAAAGGAAUAUUUUGGAAGCAGUUAAGCAUCCCUUCAUAGUUGAAUUAGUAUAUGCUUUCCAAACUGGGGGUAAAUUAUAUUUAAUUUUAGAAUAUUUAAGUGGAGGAGAAUUAUUUAUGCACCUUGAGAGAGAAGGUAUUUUCCUUGAGGACACAGCAUGCUUCUACUUGUCAGAAAUAAUUCUGGCGUUGGAACAUUUACAUAGUUUAGGGAUAAUUUAUCGAGAUCUAAAACCUGAAAAUGUCCUCCUAGAUGCACAAGGACAUGUAAAAUUAACAGAUUUUGGUUUAUGUAAAGAGCACAUUCAGGAAGGUAUAGUCACACACACAUUUUGUGGGACCAUUGAGUAUAUGGCACCAGAAAUUUUGACUCGAAGUGGUCAUGGCAAAGCAGUAGAUUGGUGGAGCCUUGGUGCAUUGAUGUAUGACAUGUUGAUUGGGCAGCCACCGUUCACUGGAGACAACCGUACAAAAACUAUUGAGAAAAUACUGAAAGGAAAACUAAUGUUACCGGCCUACCUCACACACGACGCCCGGGAGCUCAUACGGCGUCUAAUGAAGCGCUCGGAGACGCAACGCUUGGGCGCCACGGGCGCGGCCGCCGUCCGUGGCCAUUCCUUCUUCAAACAUGUCCACUGGGACGAAGUCUUCGCGCGUCGAUUAGAGCCUCCUAUCAAACCACGAUUGACAAGCGACGAUGACGUUUCCCAAUUUGACACAAGAUUCACUCUACAAACACCAAUUGAUUCGCCAGAUGAGUCAACACUCAGUGCAAGCGCCAACUUAAUGUUCCAGGGCUUCACGUACGUGGCGCCGUCAGUGAUGGACGAGAUCCACAAGCCGCGCGUGAUCACGGCGCGCUCGCCGCGUCGCCCGCGCCCGCACCACCACCACGCGUUCGCGCCGCCCUCCGCCGCGCACGCGCACCCGCAACAGGAAGACCUCAUGGAUGUACAAGGUUUACCUAUUUAGCCUAGAAUAAUUGAUAUAGUUGACCAUUUUAUACAAAGGAUAAACUCAACUACAAAUGCUGCCCAUCUAUUAUGUCCGUAAAAUAAUGGUACUGAUUUAUACAACUAAAAUUAAUGUACAUUUUAUACAAGUUACCGUUUAGUUUAAUGUUUUGGUAGGAAUUAAAAACGUGUAUUAAAUUGUUCUAACCCAACUAUAUUAUGACAGAGUAAGAAUAAUAAAUAAUAAUUUACAAUAUACCUUGUUACCAUGCUUAAUGAAUUGAAUUAAAAGGUCAUUUUUAUUUUGUA